ACAGAACAUAGUGUGCUGUGUUGUGGUGAUAGAGAAAGAAGUAAAGUGUUUAUCCAAUCCAAUCCAAUCCAAUAUAUAACAGAGCAGAGAAACCAACAGAACGCAAUCUCUGCUUCAAAUAAUUAGGAGCGGAGUGGAGAAUUGAAUCCAAACAGAGACAUGUCUGGUAUUGCUCGUGGACGCCUUGCUGAGGAGCGUAAGUCAUGGCGUAAGAACCAUCCUCAUGGUUUCGUUGCCAAGCCCGAGACUCUCACAGAUGGUACCGUCAAUUUGAUGGUUUGGCAUUGCACUAUUCCUGGCAAAGCUGGGACUGAUUGGGAGGGUGGCUAUUUCCCACUGACGAUGCACUUCAGUGAAGAUUACCCUAGCAAGCCUCCAAAGUGUAAAUUCCCUCAAGGUUUCUUCCACCCUAAUGUGUAUCCAUCUGGAACUGUUUGCUUGUCUAUACUUAAUGAGGAUAGUGGGUGGAGACCAGCUAUAACAGUGAAGCAAAUUCUUGUGGGCAUCCAAGACCUGCUUGAUCAGCCCAAUCCUGCUGACCCUGCCCAGACAGAAGGUUAUCAUCUAUUUAUCCAGGAUGCGGCAGAGUAUAAGAGAAGGGUCCGGCUGCAGGCAAAGCAAUACCCACCUCUUGUCUAGUGCUAUAUCUGCUCUCUUUAGGAAUUAUUCUAGUCUGGAUAACGUGUUAAUAUAUAACAAUGUGAAAGUCAACCAAUAAUACUUUUUGGCGACACUUGCUGUGCCUGAUGUUCGCUGGUACAUUUCUAUAUGAAUGGAUAAUUUACUGUGAUGGGUUAUUUGACGUUAUGACUGCUGCUCUAGAACUUUUCUGUUCUGAAUUUGUUGCUUCCAUUUUGGAAAUCAAACCUAGACCUUUUGGCCAAUUGAUUUGUCAUUUGACUCUUGUAUCCAUGUCACGUGGCAGCAUAAAUUAUCACUAAAAGUUUUGUUACCUAGGUGAUGAUGAAGCAUUUUCCUCUUAACAAUGUGCUUCAGUGGCAUAUGCUGUGACCGCUGCUUGAUUGACCUCAAUCCCUCCCCUAAUCAAAAGAAGCGGGGGAGAAUAUUCAUAAAAUUGGUUUUGCGUUAAGGUGUAAAAAUGAUUUGGUUGCACUCAUUACAUGUUAGUUUCUCUCUUUGAUUCCCCAUUACGUUGAUAGAGUCAUGGGUGUAGAGGAGGGGUAGAGGUGGCGUGUUUUGACUUAUGUAAAUAUUUUUACGUGAAUGUGAUAAUGGAUCCCUAAAAGAAGGUGGAAUUCUGCCCCCGCGGAAUUAAACCAUUUACUAGCUUAUUAUUAACUUGCAUUGUUGCCUUUUCGGCAAGUAUGUAUCCUCAACAUUAUCAUAUAUUUUAUUCAUGAGGUUCAUCAUGACAUUUG